UUUAUUUGAUGAAACUUUAGGGUGUCCAAUAUUUGCUUCAGACCCUCAAUAAUGGUAAAGUGAUAAAAACUGCAUUUUUAAAACACAUUUAACAUCCAUAAAACCCCUUAAAAACCCAGAAAAAACUCUGUUUGAAGUUUCCACCUGGUACCAAAAAUGGGGAAGAACAGCAAGAAACAGAAGCAUCAACAAAAACCUUCAUCUCGUCAAAGAAACUCUCAUUUUCCUCCAGAAGAUGAAGAUUACAACUUUAAUGGUUGUUCUGAUCAAUGCCCACCUUCUCUUUCUCUCUCCAAUAGUGAGGAAGAAAGUCAAGAAGAAGAAGAAAAUCAAAAUAAAUCUGACCCACAAAAUCCCCACAACUCUUUUUUAGUUGAUGACUUAAUUCCUUCAAAGUUUUCUCUUUAUCAACAAUCUGUUCAGUCACCAAAAGGUGAUAUAAGCUAUUUGCAGAAGUUUUUCUUGAUGUAUGUUGGUGGAAGAGCACCUCUUCAUUUACAGGAGGAUUUUUGUGGCACUGCUCUUCUUAGUACAGAGUGGCUUCGAACUGACCCUCGGAGGACUGCUGUAGGUGUAGAUUUUGACCUUGAGGCACUUAUGUGGUGCAUGGGAAACAAUGUCGACAAAGUUGGCAAUGACAGCAGUUCAAGGAUAUCUCUUUUUCAUGGAAAUGUUUUGCAGCCUUUUGAGGCUAAACUUGUCACAUUGAAUCCCGAGGAUCUCAUUCAGAAAGUAACUAUCCAAGAGAGUAAUGAUGUCACAUUAAAAAUUCCAGCAGAAAACUCACUGAAUCCAGCAGCUUCAGUUAGUGGUGGAAGUUUGAAGAAGGAUAUCUCGUUGUCUGCAAGGGAUAUUGUGUGUGCUUUUAAUUAUAGUUGUUGCUGCCUGCAUAAGCGGAAAGAGCUCGUUGCUUACUUCAAGCAUGCCCUUGAUGCUUUGUCCAAGAAGGGUGGUAUAUUUGUCAUGGAUUUAUAUGGUGGUACUUCAUCUGAGCAUGAAUUGAAACUCCAGAGGAAGUUUCCCAACUUCAAGUAUACCUGGGAGCAAGCAGAAUUUGAUGUCAUUCAGCGGAAGACCAGAAUCAGUCUCCAUUAUCAACUAUACAAACCGCAGAAGAAAAUCCGCAAUGCCUUUUCCUAUAGCUGGAGGCUGUGGUCAUUGCCUGAGAUAAGGGAUUGCUUGGAAGAAGCUGGUUUCCGAGCUAUUCAUUUUUGGAUAAGAGAGAUGCCUGACACUGAAAGAAACAGAAGCACUCGUGGAUUUGGCACCUCACGAGAUGAUAAAUAUGAAGAGGUCUCAAGUUUUCAGCAACAGGAUGCUUGGAAUGCUUAUGUUGUAGCUGUGGCUUAACUAUUUUCUUCCAAUUCAGACAGCAAGUUGCUAAAGGGCAAAGGCUACAAUGCGAAAGAUUAUGUUCACUCUAAGGGCUACUGGUAUGCUUUCUUUGGCCGAUCAGCUGUGGUUUUUCGAGUUGUUUUUGUUUGCUUUAUGAAUUUGAGUCUCGAGAAUUCAGUAUACGAAUGAAAUUAUGGCGUUACUAGGCUUGAUGAAUAAUGGCUCCUUUGUACACAAGAAAAUGUUGCGCAUGGUAAUUAAGUUAUGCAAAAGCUAAAAGGAAAACAUGUUCACUAGCGAACAAGCGAUAGGAAUUGACGUGAACCAAGUAGAUUUACUAUAUUGUCCCCCUUUCAUAUGUUCACGGGUGACUGUAAUCUCAUCACUCUUUAUUCAUUGUAUGCCUAGAGAGGUUUAUUUGUCU